GCAGCGAUGAUGAUGCUGCCCCAACACCCGGCGGCGCCGAGAGCCGACUCGCCUCACAAUCGACUCUACGAGUUCGCCAAAGCUGCCCUCAUUAAAAUCUUCGUCCACCCAUACGCUUCGGUGUGUGAGUUGUACUGUGGCAGCGGAGGAGUCGACGCCGAGAAAUGGGACGAGGCCCAAAUCGGUCACUACAUUGGAAUUGAUGUUUCGACGUCCGGUAUAAGACAGAAAAGAGAAGCAUGGGAGAGCCAGAGGAAGGGUUACACUGCUGACUUCUUUGAGCUUGACCCCUGCAUGGAAGAUAUAGAGCCACAUCUGAAUGAGGAAACCGUUCUGGCUGAUUUAGUUUGCUGCUUGCAGAAUUUGCAGCUGUGUUUCCAAACUGAAGAGAAAGCAAGGAGGCUCUUGUUAAAUGUGUCAGCCUUACUGAAGCCAGGGGGUUAUUUUUUUGGUAUUACUCCUGACUCAUCUACAAUAUGGGCAAAGUACCAGAAGAAUGUGGAAGCAUACCACAACAGAAGUGCUGGCAUGAAACCAAACAUCGUUCCCAACUGCAUUAGAUCAGAGAACUAUGUGAUCACUUUUGAAAUCGAGGAAGAGAAGUUCCCCUUAUUCGGAAAGAAGUACCUGUUAAAAUUGGCUAAUGAUCUCCCUCCGGAAACCCAUUGCUUGGUUCAUUUCCCUAGCUUCAUUAGGUUAGCCAGAGAAGCUGGUCUCGAGUAUGUGGAGAUUCAAAAUCUAACUGAAUUUUACGAUGACAACAGAGCACACUUUGCAGGCAUGCUAAUGAAUUUUGGUCCAAACCUUGCUGAUCCUAGAGGCAGACUUCUUCCUCGAUCAUAUGAUGUGUUAGGUCUCUAUACCACAUUUAUAUUUCACAAGCCAGACCCUGAUAUUGCUCCUCCAAUUAUGACACCAGUGCAGGAUGCCCCACACAUUAUUGAUGAGAAAGAGUGGCAAGGAACCCUCUGGAGAGAUGAUGAUAAGAGUGCAGUAGAGCCGCCUCCUCUUCCCGGCCUAGGGAAGAUCAGUGAGCAAAAAGGGAUUUUGGGCCCUGGCCCUGCUGAGUUGCGUUUUGCCGAGCCACUUGACCUGGUGGUUGUUGCAAGCAAGAAGCAUUAGUACUGGGAAGACACUAAUUUUUAACUUAGAGGACUCUGUGACACACUAGUGUAGACUGAGGACGGUUUAAUGCUUCCUGGGUACUCUGUUUUAGAUGAUACAUUUUUCCGGG